GACAGUUCUCAAGGCUCUUUAACCGCGGGUCAGUGAGCGGCCCAUUCUGACAGAAAAUUGGAUUAGAACAACGAGCGCUGUUUAAGAAACCAGUUUUAAGACGGACUCCUCCUCCGUCACGCCACCCUUCCCACGAGACCUGCGAGCGUUUGACCCCUUCGCUUAGGCGGCUUUGUUUUAUUCCUCCUGCCAACAGUAUUCCGACCGAGCAGCCGCUGCGGACAUGUCGGCAUCCAGCGAAUGCAGCUACAGCUAUGAGGAAUACAGAGAAACUGCAGACUGGCUGCUUGCUAACACAGAUAUCAGUCCCAAAGUGGCGAUUAUCUGUGGUUCAGGACUUGGCGGAUUGGCUGACCUGCUGGACAACAAGAAAGUGUUUCCUUACAACAAAAUCCCUCGCUUUCCUCACAGCACUGUGCAAGGACAUAAAGGUCAGCUGGUGUUUGGAGAGCUGAAUGGAAAGCAUUGUGUUUGCAUGCAAGGUCGCUUCCACUUCUAUGAGGGCUAUAACACUGCCACAGUCACAUAUCCAGUAAGAGUGUUUUUCCUUCUCGGGAUUGAGACUCUCAUUGUGACCAAUGCCGCUGGAGGACUCAAUCCGAAAUUUAAAGUGGGAGAUAUCAUGUUGAUCAAAGACCACAUCAAUAUGCCCGGCUUUGCAGGACAACAUCCCCUGUGUGGACGCAACGACGAAAAAUUUGGAGUGCGCUUUCCCUGCAUGUCUGACGCUUAUGAUAGAGACUUUGCACGGAUAGCCAGGGAGACGGCCCAAGAACUAGGCUGCGACUCUUUCCUCCAGGAGGGCGUUUACUGCAUGCUGGCGGGACCGUCCUAUGAGACAAUUGCAGAAUGCAGGGUUCUACAGAUGCUUGGGGCGGAUGCUGUGGGUAUGAGUACCGUUCCGGAGGUGGUGGUCGCUCGUCACUGCAGGAUGCGUGUGUUUGGACUCUCUCUUAUUACCAACAAAGUAGUGACCGACUACAACAGCACAGAAAAGGCUAAUCAUGAGGAGGUGCUGGAAACCACCCGAAUGCGAACCGAAGUCCUGCAGAAGCUAGUCAGCAGUUUUGUUGCAAAAAUGUAGCGUACCACAUUUAGUACAAAAAUCUCUUGCAUAGAUUUGCACCUAGACAGCUAAUAAUAUAGAAUAGCAUACAGUGUAUGCUCCUUAAUGCUUCUCAUUUAUCUUAUUCAAGUAACUUUAUGAACUUUCCAGUGCCUCAAGAUUCAAAAUUUAGAAAUUUAGCUUAGUUUUAUUACUUUUGAUAUUAUCCAUACUGCAGCAAACACUGGAGUACUUGAAAAUCACACAUUCAAAUCCUUUCUGAAAUGCAUGUGCUGAAAUUAGAACCAUUACAUAAGUAUUAGUAUUCCUGUUGUUUUCUUGAGUUAAAGAACAAACUUGCAUGAAAAGGGACAAACUUACACUUCAAUACAAUAAUGGGAUUUUCUCAGCUGUACGAGGAGUUACAGUGCAAUUAGGUGCUAAAUAAUCAAGUCAUAAAUGACAUAAUUUACAUAUUUUAGUUUGUUUUUCUCGUCUAGAAAUGCUACAGAUGUUUAAAAAUGUUUUCUGCUUAUGACAAUAAUACAAAUUUAUACAAAGGAAAAAAUAUAAAUAUACAUGUAAAUGCAUUUUAACUUUAUUUUCACUCAAAUAUUAAAAUAUAAAAAAUAAACUGAUAUGUCGCCGUGUGGUGGUGUAAUCGUUUUUGUUCUGUCCUUCCGUUUUCCAAGUCUGAGAUUUUAUUCACAAUAUGUCAAAACUGUGAGAAUCGGAGAAGAAAUGUAUAUUGCCAUGACAUACUAAAUAUAAAUAAAAGACUAAAUAAAAGAUUUUACCAUGCGAAGA